GUACAAAAAUCGACCAAAACCCAAUAUAAAUCCUCCUGAUGACAAUUCUAAACAAAGUGUUGAUGAGCCUUACGAAACUUCUGAAUAUACCACUAAAGAAGACAAUAUUUCAGCAACUGAGGCUUUGAUAAAAUUUAUGAAAUUAGUUUUGACAGAAAUCGGUGGAGAUAAUUUUAGAGACUUUCCAGAUUCAAU